AUGUCUAGAAAUGAAUAUGAAUCGUACGCCGAACGUGAAUACCAGAUGGACGACAUGUCCGGCGGUAUGAGCGUGAGUUACCAUGCUCCUCCCGAAUCAAAUGAUGGACGGGAUGCGAUGCUUUACCCAAGUCAAUCUCCAUACAGCGCAUACAUGGGAGAUCGCCAAUCCCACACGUACCCGCCAGAGUACGGCGACGAUCGAGCGCCCAGCAGCGUGUAUCCGAGCGCCGUGCCUGGCGACUUCGACCAGAUGCUGAACAAUGGGUACAUGUACCAGCCGCCGAUAUCGCCUGUUUCUGAAGCCCCUAGCCGCGAGCUGCCUGUACUGCAGAAGGCCGAGAUCCCUGGCGGCACAAGUCUUCGUCGACGCAAUACACGAAUGGUCAAGCUCGUCAAGGGCUCUGUGCUCAGCGCUGACUAUCCUGUUCCAAGCGCAAUCAAGAAUGCUCUGGAGCCACAGUAUCGAGACAGCGGGGAGGACGAAUUCCUCAAGAUGCGAUACACUGCUGCUACCUGCGAUCCGAACGACUUCACAAUACAGAAGGGGUAUGACCUGAGGCCUCGGAUGCUCAAUCGGCACACAGAGUUGCUGAUUGCGAUCACGUAUUACAAUGAAGACAAGGUCUUGCUGGCUCGGACGCUUCACGGAGUCAUGCUAAACAUCCGUGACAUUGUCAGGCUGAAGAAAUCAACAUUCUGGGGCGCUGGAGGCCCUGCCUGGCAAAAGAUCGUUGUCUGCCUGGUCUUUGACGGCAUAUCCAAGGCCGACAAGGAGGUCUUGGAUGUGCUUGCAACCGUUGGAGUAUACCAGGAAGCCGCCCUGAAACAGGACGUGAACGGCAACAAGACUGUGGCGCACAUCUUCGAGUACACCACCCAACUUUCGAUUACCCCAAACCAACAGCUUGUCCGUCCCAAUGCCGAGGACAACCUGCAAAACCUGCCCCCUGUGCAGCUAAUGUUCUGUCUGAAGCAGGACAAUAGCAAGAAGAUCAACUCCCAUCGCUGGCUUUUUAACGCAUUUGGGCGGAUCUUGAACCCGGAGGUGGCCAUCCUGAUCGACGCAGGCACCAAACCUGGCCCGCGGUCACUCCUUGGGCUAUGGGAGGCAUUUUACAACGACAAGCAGCUCGGGGGCGCCUGUGGUGAGAUCCACGCAAUGCUUGGUAAAGGGAAGAGGAAGCUGUUGAAUCCCAUCGUGGCCGUUCAGAAUUUCGAGUAUAAAAUAUCGAAUAUUCUGGACAAACCGCUCGAGAGUGCGUUCGGGUACGUCACAGUUUUACCUGGAGCCUUUUCAGCGUACCGCUUCCGUGCCAUCAUGGGGCGGCCCUUGGAGCAGUACUUUCACGGAGAUCAUACACUGUCCGCGAUACUGGGUAAGAAGGGAAUUGAUGGCAUGAACAUCUUCAAGAAAAAUAUGUUUCUAGCUGAGGAUCGUAUCCUCUGCUUCGAACUUGUUGCCAAGUCGGGCCAAAGCUGGCACCUCUCGUAUGUCAAAGCCGCCAAGGGUGAAACCGACGUCCCUGAGGGAACAGUCGAGUUCCUUAAUCAGCGACGAAGGUGGCUCAAUGGAUCAUUCGCCGCUUCGCUGUACUCUUUGAUGCACUUUGGAAGGAUUUACAAGUCAAGCCACAGCUUCAUCCGAAUGAUAUUUCUGCAUAUCCAGCUGAUUUACAACUUUCUCAACGUUCUGUUUAGUUGGUUUGCCCUCGCCUCUUACUAUCUCACGACGGCCAUUAUCAUGGAUCUCGUGGGGACACCCGAGAUUCUUCUGGCUUACCAUGGCUGGCCGUUCGGUGACAGAGUAACGCCCGUCUUUAAUACUCUCAUGAAAUACAUAUACAUCAUCUUCAUCAUUAUUCAAUUCGUCUUGGCCCUUGGAAACAGGCCAAAGGGUUCACGGCACACUUACACGGCAUCUUUCAUUGUGUUCGGGAUUUCGCAGCUUUACAUCCUGAUCUUGUCCAUGUAUCUGGUAUACAGAGCUCUCAGUGUGCCAAUCGAAAAGCAGAUCUCGUUUGCAUCAGGGCAGGAUGUUCUCAACAGCUUCUUCGGCGGGGAGGGCGCCGCUGGAGUCAUCCUGAUCGCCCUGAUUACAAUUUACGGCCUGAAUUUUGUCGCCUCGUUUCUUUAUCUCGAUCCUUGGCACAUGUUCCAUUCCUUUCCUCAAUAUCUCAUCCUCAUGUCAACCUACAUCAACAUCUUGAUGACGUUUGCAUUCAACAACUGGCACGAUGUCUCAUGGGGAACAAAAGGAUCGGACAAGGUUGAUGCGCUUCCUUCCGCACAUGUUGUCACGGAUGCUGUAAACGGGCCUGCGGUGGAGGAGAUCGAAAAAGAACAGGUGGACAUCGACACAGAGUUCCAAAACACGGUGAAGCGGGCCCUGUCGCCCUUCCAAGAGGAGGUAGAAAUUGAGAAAAUCGACGUGGAUGACUCAUACAAGUCAUUCCGAACUGGUCUGGUUGUUACUUGGAUUCUCACCAACAUGGCAUUGAUCGUGGGUGUUACCAGCGAUGAAUUUGCCAGUUUGGGGGUUGCUAAAGCUUCCACGGGACGAACUCCCAUGUAUUUCAGAGUUCUACUGUAUGCGACCGCCUUGCUUUCCAUUGUCCGUUUUAUCGGGUUCUUGUGGUUCUUGGGCAAAUCCGGUAUUAUGUGCUGUUUUGCGAAGAGGUAG